UUCAACUUAAUAUAAGAUCUGGGCUCCGUGAAGGUACUGCGAUCCUAAGCCUAACUUCGUGUUUUAGUCACGUGACCGUGUUGUUUCCGUGUCAUCGCCUGGAGCUUUAACCUGAAAUCCUGCAGCAAAGCAAGAAUAGAAACCGAUACUGACAGCUGCCAGACAACCGACCAGUCUGUGAUUGAAAUGCUUCCAUCCUCCUGUGACACCUUCGUGGCUCUGCCUCCUUCCACUGAGGGGCAGCGCAUCAUUUUCGGGAAGAACUCAGACAGACCCUGUGAUGAAGUCCAGGAGGUUGUCUAUUUCCCUCCCAUGGACUAUGGUCCAGAUGAGAAGGUCGAGUGCACAUACAUCCAGAUCGACCAGGCAUCCCAUACCUAUGCAGUUGUGCUGAGCAAGCCAGCAUGGUUGUGGGGGGCUGAGAUGGGUGCAAACGAGCAUCAGGUGUGCAUUGGGAAUGAGGCAGUUUGGGGCAGAGAGAGCGCUGAUGGUGAGGAGGCUCUGCUGGGAAUGGACCUUGUCAGACUUGGUCUUGAACGAGCUGACACGGCUGAGAAAGCUGUUGACGUUAUCGCCGAGCUGCUGGAGAAGUACGGUCAGGGAGGCCCAUGUCUGGAGGAUCAGUGUGGAUUCACCUACCACAACAGCUUCCUCAUCUCAGACAGGAAAGAGGCCUGGCUGCUGGAAACAUCUGGGAAGUACUGGGCAGCAGAGAGAGUGGAAGGUGGAUAUCGGAACAUCUCCAACCAGUAUGGAAUAACCACAAAGAUAGACAAGGAGCAUCCAGAAAUGAGGGAAUAUGCUCGAAGCAAAGGCUGGUGGGACGGGGAAUCAGAGUUCAACUUUGCUACAGUCUACUCCUUUCUGACCACGGCCAGGAUAGAGUCUGCUGGGACUCGCUACUGUGAGGGGAAAAGAUUGCUGGAAAAGAGAAAUGGCCAUAUAACCGCAGAAGCAAUGAUGGAUAUUCUGCGAGAUAAAGAGAGUGGGAUCAACAUGGAGGGCAUGUUCAUGACAACAGGGAGCAUGGUGUCUGUGGUACCCAGGGAUCCGGCUCUGCCAGGGGUUCACUACUUCACCGCAACUCCGGACCCUGAGAGGUCAGUUUUCAAGCCGUUCGUGUUUGUGAAGAACGUUCACGAGCUGGGGGAGACGUCAUCCCCAAGCUUUGGUCCAGAUGAUCCAGCAAAGAAGAAGCCACGCUUCCAGAGCAAACCGGAUCGCAAACAUCCAUUGUUUGUCAAGCACGAACCGAUCGCCGCCAUCAUGGAAUCUUACAAGGACAGAGGACAGAAGAUCACCGAAGAUUUGAGGCAGCUUGAGAAAGAGAAGGUUGGGGAGAUGGAGAAUAUUCUCCAGGUGGGGAUAGAGCAGCCUGAUAUGUUGGUGAACCUGUUUCCUGGAUGUGUGCUGAAGGAGAUGAGUGUUUACAGCAAAAGUUGAGGGCUGCAUGACAUGGGGAACGGCAGCAGCCCUCUGCCGUUUCCUGUAGGCCCUUUAGGAUGAACUAAGUAAAAUCACUGUACAGAGAUGAACAUAAAUCCUGCACUGUAAAACAAAUACUUUUAGUAAACCUGUGGUUCUAAUUGUAUAGAUAAAAACAUGUAUAUUUUAGGUAAUUUAAGGGAAUUAUUGCAUUGCAGAUGUGGGG